CGGCUGCAGAAGGAAAGGUGCGCACAAUGUCAGUCACAUCCUCGGAAACGAGUCUUCCACUCCACUCUGAGCGACUUUAACCUCUUUCGCUAACGUGUUGCAGCCGCGGAUCCUGCGCGUUACCACCCGCAGCUGGAGUGAUAUUAAAUUCGGUGCGCAACAACUGAGACGAAAAAGAGAAUUUAUCUCAAAUGCAGGACUGAUCGAGACGUCUGGGGACUUAUUCUGCCACACUUUAACUACAAUCGCCAGUGAAUAUUAUGGAUGUACUGAUAGAGAAUCUGCAUUAUUAAAUCUGGUGGAGUUUUUAAGCACUUUUCCUCCUUGUGAAGCUCUUUUAGUUCCCCGAUGAUGGACGGCAGACAGUCGUCAAGGACUUUCACACCUGAUUGUGCAGCUUUAGCCAACACAUGAAAGGAAGAAACAUGUUUUGUCUGAUGAAAUCUCGCUCAUCAGACAGCAGCAGGGCUAUGGGGAUCAGACAUGGGACAAAGAUCCAACAUCACUCCAGACCCAUCUCGAAAAUAUACUUCGUUUUUAUUUUGCUGCUGCUCAUUUUCACACCGAGAGUGGAUUCAUCGUGGUGGUACAUCGGGGCGCUGGGUGCUCGGGUAAUCUGCGACAACAUUCCCGGCCUGGUCAACAAGCAGCGGCAGCUGUGCCAGCGGCACCCGGACCUGAUGCAGUCCAUCGGCGAGGGAGCCAAAGAGUGGAUCAAAGAGUGCCAGCACCAGUUCAGACACCACCGCUGGAACUGCAGCACGCUGGACCGGGACCACACCGUGUUUGGCAGGGUGAUGCUGCGAAGCAGCCGUGAGGCGGCGUUCGUGUACGCCAUCUCUUCAGCGGGAGUGGUCUAUGCCAUUACCAGGGCCUGCAGUCAGGGGGAGCUAAAGAUCUGCAACUGCGACGGCCAAAAGCGAGGGCGAGCCAGCGACGACCGGGGCAACUUCGACUGGGGGGGAUGCAGCGACAACAUCAACUACGGCAUUAAAUUUGCCAAGGCUUUCGUAGACGCGAGAGAGAGGAUGGUGAAAGACGCUCGCGCACUGAUGAACCUGCACAACAACCGGUGCGGUCGGAUGGCAGUGAAGCGCUUUAUGAAGCUGGAGUGCAAGUGUCACGGGGUCAGUGGCUCCUGUUCUCUGAGGACCUGCUGGCUGGCGAUGUCGGACUUCAGGCGAACUGGAGACUACCUCCGCAAGAAGUACAACACAGCCAUCGAGGUGAACAUUCACCAGGGAGGGACGAGUUUCAUGGUGGCCGACAAGGACUUCAAUGGAAGCACCAAGAACGAGUUGGUGUAUGUUGAGAACUCGCCAGAUUACUGUCUCACGGACCGCACAGCAGGCUCCUUGGGCACAGCGGGCAGAGUGUGCAACAAGUCCUCCAGAGGCACAGACGGCUGCGAGGUCAUGUGCUGUGGGCGGGGCUACGACACCAUGCGGGUCAAGCGUGUCACCAAGUGCGAGUGCAAGUUCAAGUGGUGCUGCGCCGUGGAGUGCAAAGACUGCGAGGACGUGGUCGACGUUCACACCUGCAAGCCCCACAAGCGACCCGAUUGGCUGGACAUAACCUAACGAGGAGACCUGACCAAUCACAAGUCACCACUGACUCAAUAACCUGCGCUCCAAUGACUGCAUUUUAUUAUGGGAUAUAUAAUUGGGAUCUCUUUAACUGUAAUACCUCUGGCUUUUGAUCCUUUGACACUUCCGGAAGCAGAGACUUCACAAACUCUGAUGCUAAACUGGAAAGUAGGCCCAGUUACUGAGCGUGUGCUGCUUAAAAUGUUUCUAAAAUUUGUUGAGCUUUUUUUUUUUAAGACAAACUUUGAAUCUUUGAUACAAAAUUGCUGAAUAUCGUAUUAUUCUGUUGUAAAAGCACCCUUGUUUAAAGCAGAUUUAUGAGGUAAUUUUACUGUAUGUAAAGUCUGUGUGAGAACAUGACAUAAUGCUCAUACUGAUGAUCAUAAUUAAAGUAGUAUUUAGCCUGAAGAGAAAGAUUUGAUGGCGAUAUUGUAAACACACUGACUUGUCAUUUAAAAUGAUAUCAAGUCAUUGUAUCGAACUGCAACAAAUAAUUUCAAGUACAAAAGACAGUUGCUGCGAAUGAGUGUAACUCUAAUGAACUAAAAAGAGGGAGCUAAUGAAAAGGUUCCUACUUGAAUAAGAUCAGACAAUCACACUGAACUGAAAGAACGGCAAACAGGAGAACAAGCAAGGACUUUCACUUCGAGUGGCCGCAGAGCUUCCUGGGAGUAAAGGACACACCAACAGGAAGAAUGAAGCUUCAUAUGGACUGUUUAUACUUCUUUCUUACAAUAUCCGAUAUAUUUGGCUAUCUGGAAAAGGUCUAACUCAUUCUGGCUGUGUUGCCUUAUGGACAACUGUAUCAUUUCUACCUCUGGUUCUCUGUCUUUGUUUCCAUGUCUAGUUUCAGUGCUAUCACCAACAGCUUCAAGUAAUUGUCUUUAGGUCAAACAGACAAACAGUUUUCACUGCGUCAAAAACACAGCCCCCUUAUUCAUUUCAUUUGCUGCAACACAAU